AUGGUAACCGGGGUAUCGGCCUUUCGCCCCCAAACGGCCGGCUCUGUUAUCCUCUGGGGAGUCCUUGGGAUUUCGCUUGGUCUCGUCGUCCGGGCUCUCGUGGCGCCGCAGAGACGUAGCAGAAAACCAUGCAUCAGGUCCCCCGCAAAGACGCAGCUGCCAAAACUCUCUGCCGAGGAGACUAGUGCGCUUUCCUAUCCGCCAGACGUUCUUCCUGGCAGCCGCGAUGUCGAGACGCCUUACGGGAGCAUCAAGGUCUUUGAAUUGGGACCUAGAGACGGAGAAAAGGUGCUCAUGCUACACGGAAUCAGCACGCCAUGUCUGUCGCAGGCGAGCCUCGGAGAAGCGCUCGUGGCCAGGGGAUACCGGGUCAUCAUCUUUGACUUCUUUGGGCGCGGGUACUCUGAUGCGCCUUCAGAUCUCCCUUACGACAUCCGUCUCUUCACGACGCAGAUUCUCCUGGUCCUCGCGUCCUCGAGCGUUCCGUGGACGGGAGAUGACGGCUUCCACCUCAUCGGGUAUUCCCUGGGCGGCGGACUUGCCGUGCCGUUUGCUAAGCAUUUCCCACACAUGGUCCGUUCGCUCAUCCUCAUUGCCGGCGGCGGACUUAUACGCACCGAGCAUCAGAGCUGGAAGAGCAAAUUUCUCUACUCGACUGGGACACUUCCGGGAUGGAUUCUCGAGACUCUUGUGCGGUGGCGCAUCUCACCCAAGGGCGCGGUGACUGAAACCAAGAUGGCGAGCGAGGCGGUGGAUCCAAAACCGCAGCGAAACAGCGACGCCAGCGGGGGAAGCUCGUACGACAAUGCGACACUUCUGAUGCGCCGGCCAGGCCACACGGUUUCGUCGGUCAUGAAGUGGCAGAUCGCGAAUCACGAGGGCUUCAUCACGGCGUUUAUCAGCAGCAUCCGGCACGCGCCAAUAUACGAUCAACGAGAGGACUGGCUCGCUUUGGGCCGGCUGCUAGCCGAUAGAAGACAGGACGCGGAAUCAUCCGAGGAUGAGAGGUCGCCGGCAGCGUUGCCGGGGCUCCGCGGCGGACGGGUUCUCCUGGUGCUGGGAUCGACGGAUUCCGUCAUCAUCAAAGAGGAGCUGAUCCACGAUGCCACGGCGGUACUGGGUGAAGACGGCUUCGAGACCGUCAUUCUGGAAUGCGGUCACGAGAUUGUCAUGGCGAGGGGAGACGAGAUUGCCGCUUUGGCGGCCAACUUUUGGCGCAGCAAUGAAUGA